AUGCUGCGGAUUCAGCGCGUGUCGGGUGAAGAACUCGUUGCCCUCGACUUGGCGAGCUUUCUCGAGACGCAACGGCUGGUAUAUCUGGAUGAUAACCGGGCUCUAGAUGACGAUCACACCUUAAGACCUGGCGAAGUCCAACUCGUACUUCUGAGCUUAUGCCCACCAUCGGACGCUCAAGUGACAGAACUUCGAGAUGCAGCGGGACAUGGCAGGUCAGCAGAAGUGGCAUCCAGGCACGGCCAAACAGAGGUUGCAAGCCUUUUGCUGGAAGCGAAUGCAGACAAGGACAAGGCCAGGCAGGAUGGCGCCACCGCUUUGCACCUUGCAGCUGGUAACGGGCACGUGCAGGUUGCACGCCUUCUGCUGGAGGCCAAUGCGGACAUGGACAAGGCCACGCAGAAUGGCGCUGUCGCAUUGCACAUGGCAACUCACAGAGGGCACGUGGAGGUUGCAAGCCUUUUGCUGGAGGCCAAUGCAGACAAGGACAAGGCCACGCAGGAUUGGGAGACCGCUUUGCACAUUGCAGCUUGUAACGGGCACAAGGAGGUUGCACGCCUUUUGCUGGAGGCCAAUGCGGACAUGGACAAGGCCAGGCAGAAUGGCACUAUCGCAUUGCACAUUGCAGCUCACAGAGGGCACGUGGAGGUUGCACGCAUUUUGCUGGAAGCGAAUGCAGACAAGGACAAGGCCAUGCAGGAUGGCGCCACCGCUUUGCACAUUGCAGCUCAGGAGGGGCACGUGGAGGUUGCACGCCUUUUGCUGGAGGGCAGUGCAGACAAGGAGGGGCACAAGGAGCUUGCACGCCUUUUGUUGGAGGCCAAUGCGGACAAGGACAAGGCCAAUGCGGACAUGGACAAGGCCAUGCAGCUUGGCGCCACCGCUUUGCACAUUGCAGCUGAUAACGGGCACGUGCAGGAGGGGCACAAGGAGGUUGUACACCUUUUGCUGGAGUCCAGUGCGGACCAGGACAAGGCCAUGUAG